AUGAUCAUCUACAGGGACAUCAUCACCGGCGAUGAGCUCGCGUCAGACACUUCCAAAAUCAUCGAUGUUGGUAAUGGCCUGUGGGAAAUUGAUGGCAAGAUGAUCACGAAGGGCUCCGAGAAUUUCGUUCUUGAGGGCGCCAACCCGUCUGCCGAGGGUGAAGACGCAGACGACGGCACGGAUGAAACCAAGGUUACGGUCCUCGAUCUCGCCGACCAAUUCCGUCUACAGAAGCUGGAAGGUGGAAUGAGCAAGAAAUCAUAUCAGUCCGAACUCAAGAAAUACAUGAAGGCUUUGACGGAGAAAUUGAAGGAGAAAGGCAAAAGUGAGGAAGAGAUCAAGCAAUUCCAGUCCGAAGCACCUGCUGCGGCUAAGAAGAUUCUGGGUAACUGGGACAACUACGACAUCUACCAGGGCGAAUCGAUGACCGAGAACGGCAUGUACGUCCUCGUCGACUUCCGCGAGGACGGCAUGACGCCAUAUGCGACCGUCUGGAAAUGGGGCUUGGAAGAAUACAAGGUGUAA